AUGAUAUUACAACGCUCACUCCGGCCGCAGUCCGGUCUGCGCGCCGUCUCCUCCUUCUUGCCCUUCCUCCGAACAAACCCUCCGAGUCGAUCAACACAUUAUGUACCGCAAUUGGGGCACGAUAGCGCCUUCAAGAAACAUGGAAUUCCCGAUCUCCUCUCGCCGCAGGGUUUCGAUCUGUCAUGGACUCAAUACCAGGGUUUCCUGAUCAACAAACUGAAUCUUUUAACAGCAGGGACUCCUGAUGAAUCUGCAACUCCCGGUACACUCCUAGUCAAAUAUGCCCGCGAUGCGAGCAUGGCGUCGGUCUUCAACUACGCCUCCAUGGCCCACAACAACCACUUUUUCUUCAAUUGUCUGGCCCCCCAACAAGUCCCCAUCCCCGAACACAUCUCCAAUGCCAUCAACGAUUCCUGCUCGUCCGUCGAGUCGCUCAAGGCAGAAUUCCUCGCCACCGCCAACGCCAUGUUUGGUCCCGGCUUCGUCUGGCUGGUGAAAGCGAAGGAUACCGGCCAGUUUAAAAUACUCUGCACCUACAUUGCCGGCUCUCCGUAUGCUGAUGCCCACUACCGCCGCCAGCCCGUCGACAUGGCAACCCAGACCACCGGCAUCACCGGAGGAGAGAACCUGCAACAGAUCAGAAGACUCGCCCCAACGAAUCGAGUAGGCUCAAUGGGUGCCUAUUCUCCUCAGAAGAAGGUUAUGGCACCCGGCGCCAUUGAUGUUCAUCCUAUUCUGUGCGUGAACACUUGGGAACAUGUAUGGCUUCCCGACUGGGGUAUUGGAGGCAAGCCAAAAUUCCUGGAGGCAUGGUGGAAUAGGGUCAACUGGAACGAGGUGGCGCACAAUGAUUCCAAGUGUGGGUCGUUUUCGACGCGCGCUUCCUCUGCGAGAUCUUCUUUCAGGAAAAGACAGAGGAUCUGA